CGACGUUUCUUACCUUCGGUCUAGAGCUUUUAGUUUAUUGCUACCUACAUUGAUCCUUUCGCACCAAGUUGCUGAGGAUGAAAAUAUGUUUAACAAUUAUUUACGAGUCAUAACUUUUGGAUUUAUUUUGAUAACAAAUUUCAUAGCUCCAUCUUGGUGCGAUUUGUCAGAUAAUAAAAAUGAUUUUUAUAAAAUAUAUGGAAGGGAAAAGCGGAGUGCUCCUACCAAAAAUAUCUUCGAAUGCCCACAACACUGUACCCAAGAAAACGAAAAUAAUAUAUUUAUCAACUUUCUGCCGAACUCUAUAAAUACUGUUGUUAUUGUUGUGGAUAACAACCGAUCAGUUUCUGACCAUUCAUGUGAAUGCGGCUGUUGUACAAAGCCAGAGCCUCAAAUUAAUGUAUACGCUAAUGAAACAAGUGACUCAGCAAUAACUGUACUGCACUGCACCAUGGUAGAAACUUUGGAACUAUAUUUAAAUACCACAAUACCUGAAGAAUGUUUACCAACUACUACAACAACGCCUCCUAUAUGUACAACUACAAGUACAACAACCAGUAUAACAACUAAGCCUUCUACUAUAAGUCUUCCAACAAGUGAAAGUGAAGCAACAUCCUCAAGUGUACCAAACGUCACAGUAACAACAUCAUGGCAAUCCAGCCCAAUGAGUCACGAAACGGAAGAAUCUACAUUUACGUUCUUUACCACGACACCAGUUAGCUCUCUCCCAACAACUGAAUCCAGUCCAACAGAAACUGAAAUUUCAACAGAAUUAACAUCUCCAGAAACUUCAUCGACAGAGACACAAAGUACCCAGACACAUUCCACUCGAAGCCCUACAACCGCCACUACUGAGAAAACUACAGAACAUACGAGUACAACUCCAAGCACUACAAGUACCAGUAGUGAGAAAACUACAGAUCAUACAAUUACAACGUCGUCUUUGACGACAUCAGAUACAACUGAACUCACAUCUCCAGAAACUUCAUCGACAGAGACACAAAGUACCCAGACACAUUCCACUCGAAGCCCUACAACUGUCACUACUCAGGAAACUACAGAGCUUUCGAGUACAACGCCUAGCACUACAAGUACCAGUAGUGAGCAAACUACAGAAGAUACAAGUACAACGUCGUCUUUGACGACAUCAGGUACAACUGAACUUACAUCUCCAGAAACUUCAUCGACAGAGACACAAAGUACCCAGACACAUUCCACUCGAAGCCCUACAACUGCCACUACUCAGGAAACUACAGAGCCUUCGAGUACAACGCCUCGCACUACAACUACCAGUACAACGCCUAGCACUACCAGUACCAGUAGUGAGAAAACUACAGAAGAUACAAGUACAACGUCGUCUUUGACGACAUCAGGUACAACUGAACUUACAUCUCCAGAAACUUCAUCGACAGAGACACAAAGUACCCAGACACAUUCCACUCGAAGCCCUACAACUGCCACUACUCAGGAAACUACAGAGCCUUCGAGUACAACACCUCGCACUACAACUACCAGUACAACGCCUAGCACUACAAGAACCAGUAGUGAGAAAACUACAGAAGAUACAAGUACAACGUCGUCUUGGACGACAUCAGGUACAACUGAACUUACAUCUCCAGAAACUUCAUCGACAGAGACACAAAGUACCCAGACACAUUCCACUCGAAGCCCUACAACUGCCACUACUCAGGAAACUACAGAGCCUUCGAGUACAACGCCUCGCACUACAACUACCAGUACAACGCCUAGCACUACAAGUACCAGUAGUGAGAAAACUACAGAAGAUACAAGUACAACGUCGUCUUUGACGACAUCAGGUACAACUGAACUUACAUCUCCAGAAACUUCAUCGACAGAGACACAAAGUACCCAGACACAUUCCACUCGAAGCCCUACAACUGCCACUACUCAGGAAACUACAGAGCCUUCGAGUACAACGCCUCGCACUACAACUACCAGUACAACGCCUAGCACUACAAGUACCAGUAGUGAGAAAACUACAGAAGAUACAAGUACAACGUCGUCUUUGACGACAUCAGGUACAACUGAACUUACAUCUCCAGAAACUUCAUCGACAGAGACACAAAGUACCCAGACACAUUCCACUCGAAGCCCUACAACUGCCACUACUCAGGAAACUACAGAGCCUUCGAGUACAACGCCUCGCACUACAACUACCAGUACAACGCCUAGCACUACAAGUACCAGUAGUGAGAAAACUACAGAAGAUACAAGUACAACGUCGUCUUUGACGACAUCAGGUACAACUGAACUUACAUCUCCAGAAACUUCAUCGACAGAGACACAAAGUACCCAGACACAUUCCACUCGAAGCCCUACAACUGCCACUACUCAGGAAACUACAGAGCCUUCGAGUACAACGCCUCGCACUACAACUACCAGUACAACGCCUAGCACUACAAGUACCAGUAGUGAGAAAACUACAGAAGAUACAAGUACAACGUCGUCUUUGACGACAUCAGGUACAACUGAACGUACAUCUCCAGAAACUUCAUCGACAGAGACACAAAGUACCCAGACACAUUCCACUCGAAGCCCUACAACUGCCACUACUCAGGAAACUACAGAGCCUUCGAGUACAACGCCUCGCACUACAACUACCAGUACAAUGCCUAGCACUACAAGUACCAGUAGUGAGAAAACUACAGAAGAUACAAGUACAACGUCGUCUUUGACGACAUCAGGUACAACUGAACUGACAUCUCCAGAAACUUCAUCGACAGAGACACAAAGUACCCAGACACAUUCCACUCGAAGCCCUACAACUGCCACUACUCAGGAAACUACAGAGCCUUCGAGUACAACGCCUCGCACUACAACUACCAGUACAAUGCCUAGCACUACAAGUACCAGUAGUGAGAAAACUACAGAAGAUACAAGUACAACGUCGUCUUUGACGACAUCAGGUACAACUGAACUGACAUCUCCAGAAACUUCAUCGACAGAGACACAAAGUACCCAGACACAUUCCACUCGAAGCCCUACAACUGCCACUACUCAGGAAACUACAGAGCCUUCGAGUACAACGCCUCGCACUACAACUACCAGUACAACGCCUAGCACUACAAGUACCAGUAGUGAGAAAACUACAGAAGAUACAAGUACAACGUCGUCUUUGACGACAUCAGGUACAACUGAACGUACAUCUCCAGAAACUUCAUCGACAGAGACACAAAGUACCCAGACACAUUCCACUCGAAGCCCUACAACUGCCACUACUCAGGAAACUACAGAGCCUUCGAGUACAACGCCUCGCACUACAACUACCAGUACAACGCCUAGCACUACAAGUACCAGUAGUGAGAAAACUACAGAAGAUACAAGUACAACGUCGUCUUUGACGACAUCAGGUACAACUGAACUUACAUCUCCAGAAACUUCAUCGACAGAGACACAAAGUACCCAGACACAUUCCACUCGAAGCCCUACAACUGCCACUACUCAGGAAACUACAGAGCCUUCGAGUACAACGCCUCGCACUACAACUACCAGUACAACGCCUAGCACUACAAGUACCAGUAGUGAGAAAACUACAGAAGAUACAAGUACAACGUCGUCUUUGACGACAUCAGGUACAACUGAACGUACAUCUCCAGAAACUUCAUCGACAGAGACACAAAGUACACAGACACAUUCCACUCGAAGCCCUACAACUGCCACUACUCAGGAAACUACAGAGCCUUCGAGUACAACGCCUCGCACUACAACUACCAGUACAACGCCUAGCACUACAAGUACCAGUAGUGAGAAAACUACAGAAGAUACAAGUACAACGUCGUCUUUGACGACAUCAGGUACAACUGAACUUACAUCUCCAGAAACUUCAUCGACAGAGACACAAAGUACCCAGACACAUUCCACUCGAAGCCCUACAACUGCCACUACUCAGGAAACUACAGAGCCUUCGAGUACAACGCCUCGCACUACAACUACCAGUACAACGCCUAGCACUACAAGUACCAGUAGUGAGAAAACUACAGAAGAUACAAGUACAACGUCGUCUUUGACGACAUCAGGUACAACUGAACGUACAUCUCCAGAAACUUCAUCGACAGAGACACAAAGUACCCAGACACAUUCCACUCGAAGCCCUACAACUGCCACUACUCAGGAAACUACAGAGCCUUCGAGUACAACGCCUCGCACUACAACUACCAGUACAACGCCUAGCACUACAAGUACCAGUAGUGAGAAAACUACAGAAGAUACAAGUACAACGUCGUCUUUGACGACAUCAGGUACAACUGAACGUACAUCUCCAGAAACUUCAUCGACAGAGACACAAAGUACCCAGACACAUUCCACUCGAAGCCCUACAACUGCCACUACUCAGGAAACUACAGAGCCUUCGAGUACAACGCCUCGCACUACAACUACCAGUACAACGCCUAGCACUACAAGUACCAGUAGUGAGAAAACUACAGAAGAUACAAGUACAACGUCGUCUUUGACGACAUCAGGUACAACUGAACUUACAUCUCCAGAAACUUCAUCGACAGAGACACAAAGUACCCAGACACAUUCCACUCGAAGCCCUACAACUGCCACUACUCAGGAAACUACAGAGCCUUCGAGUACAACGCCUCGCACUACAACUACCAGUACAACGCCUAGCACUACAAGUACCAGUAGUGAGAAAACUACAGAAGAUACAAGUACAACGUCGUCUUUGACGACAUCAGGUACAACUGAACUUACAUCUCCAGAAACUUCAUCGACAGAGACACAAAGUACCCAGACACAUUCCACUCGAAGCCCUACAACUGCCACUACUCAGGAAACUACAGAGCCUUCGAGUACAACGCCUCGCACUACAACUACCAGUACAACGCCUAGCACUACAAGUACCAGUAGUGAGAAAACUACAGAAGAUACAAGUACAACGUCGUCUUGGACGACAUCAGGUACAACUGAACUUACAUCUCCAGAAACUUCAUCGACAGAGACACAAAGUACCCAGACACAUUCAACUCGAAGCCCUACAACUGCCACUACUCAGGAAACUACAGAGCCUUCGAGUACAACGCCUCGCACUACAACUACCAGUACAACGCCUAGCACUACAAGUACCAGUAGUGAGAAAACUACAGAAGAUACAAGUACAACGUCGUCUUUGACGACAUCAGGUACAACUGAACUUACAUCUCCAGAAACUUCAUCGACAGAGACACAAAGUACCCAGACACAUUCCACUCGAAGCCCUACAACUGCCACUACUCAGGAAACUACAGAGCCUUCGAGUACAACGCCUCGCACUACAACUACCAGUACAACGCCUAGCACUACAAGUACCAGUAGUGAGAAAACUACAGAAGAUACAAGUACAACGUCGUCUUUGACGACAUCAGGUACAACUGAACUUACAUCUCCAGAAACUUCAUCGACAGAGACACAAAGUACCCAGACACAUUCCACUCGAAGCCCUACAACUGCCACUACUCAGGAAACUACAGAGCCUUCGAGUACAACGCCUCGCACUACAACUACCAGUACAACGCCUAGCACUACAAGUACCAGUAGUGAGAAAACUACAGAAGAUACAAGUACAACGUCGUCUUUGACGACAUCAGGUACAACUGAACUUACAUCUCCAGAAACUUCAUCGACAGAGACACAAAGUACCCAGACACAUUCCACUCGAAGCCCUACAACUGCCACUACUCAGGAAACUACAGAGCCUUCGAGUACAACGCCUCGCACUACAACUACCAGUACAACGCCUAGCACUACAAGUACCAGUAGUGAGAAAACUACAGAAGAUACAAGUACAACGUCGUCUUGGACGACAUCAGGUACAACUGAACUUACAUCUCCAGAAACUUCAUCGACAGAGACACAAAGUACCCAGACACAUUCAACUCGAAGCCCUACAACUGCCACUACUCAGGAAACUACAGAGCCUUCGAGUACAACGCCUCGCACUACAACUACCAGUACAACGCCUAGCACUACAAGUACCAGUAGUGAGAAAACUACAGAAGAUACAAGUACAACGUCGUCUUUGACGACAUCAGGUACAACUGAACUUACAUCUCCAGAAUCUUCAUCGACAGAGACACAAAGUACCCAGACACAUUCCACUCGAAGCCCUACAACUGCCACUACUCAGGAAACUACAGAGCCUUCGAGUACAACGCCUCGCACUACAACUACCAGUACAACGCCUAGCACUACAAGUACCAGUAGUGAGAAAACUACAGAAGAUACAAGUACAACGUCGUCUUUGACGACAUCAGGUACAACUGAACGUACAUCUCCAGAAACUUCAUCGACAGAGACACAAAGUACCCAGACACAUUCCACUCGAAGCCCUACAACUGCCACUACUCAGGAAACUACAGAGCCUUCGAGUACAACGCCUCGCACUACAACUACCAGUACAACGCCUAGCACUACAAGUACCAGUAGUGAGAAAACUACAGAAGAUACAAGUACAACGUCGUCUUUGACGACAUCAGGUACAACUGAACUUACAUCUCCAGAAACUUCAUCGACAGAGACACAAAGUACCCAGACACAUUCCACUCGAAGCCCUACAACUGCCACUACUCAGGAAACUACAGAGCCUUCGAGUACAACGCCUCGCACUACAACUACCAGUACAACGCCUAGCACUACAAGUACCAGUAGUGAGAAAACUACAGAAGAUACAAGUACAACGUCGUCUUUGACGACAUCAGGUACAACUGAACUUACAUCUCCAGAAACUUCAUCGACAGAGACACAAAGUACCCAGACACAUUCCAGUCGAAGCCCUACAACUGCCACUACUCAGGAAACUACAGAGCCUUCGAGUACAACGCCUCGCACUACAACUACCAGUACAACGCCUAGCACUACAAGUACCAGUAGUGAGAAAACUACAGAAGAUACAAGUACAACGUCGUCUUUGACGACAUCAGGUACAACUGAACUUACAUCUCCAGAAACUUCAUCGACAGAGACACAAAGUACCCAGACACAUUCCACUCGAAGCCCUACAACUGCCACUACUCAGGAAACUACAGAGCCUUCGAGUACAACGCCUCGCACUACAACUACCAGUACAACGCCUAGCACUACAAGUACCAGUAGUGAGAAAACUACAGAAGAUACAAGUACAACGUCGUCUUUGACGACAUCAGGUACAACUGAACUUACAUCUCCAGAAACUUCAUCGACAGAGACACAAAGUACCCAGACACAUUCCACUCGAAGCCCUACAACUGCCACUACUCAGGAAACUACAGAGCCUUCGAGUACAACGCCUCGCACUACAACUACCAGUACAACGCCUAGCACUACAAGUACCAGUAGUGAGAAAACUACAGAAGAUACAAGUACAACGUCGUCUUUGACGACAUCAGGUACAACUGAACUUACAUCUCCAGAAACUUCAUCGACAGAGACACAAAGUACCCAGACACAUUCCACUCGAAGCCCUACAACUGCCACUACUCAGGAAACUACAGAGCCUUCGAGUACAACGCCUCGCACUACAACUACCAGUACAACGCCUAGCACUACAAGUACCAGUAGUGAGAAAACUACAGAAGAUACAAGUACAACGUCGUCUUGGACGACAUCAGGUACAACUGAACUUACAUCUCCAGAAACUUCAUCGACAGAGACACAAAGUACCCAGACACAUUCAACUCGAAGCCCUACAACUGCCACUACUCAGGAAACUACAGAGCCUUCGAGUACAACGCCUCGCACUACAACUACCAGUACAACGCCUAGCACUACAAGUACCAGUAGUGAGAAAACUACAGAAGAUACAAGUACAACGUCGUCUUUGACGACAUCAGGUACAACUGAACUUACAUCUCCAGAAACUUCAUCGACAGAGACACAAAGUACCCAGACACAUUCCACUCGAAGCCCUACAACUGCCACUACUCAGGAAACUACAGAGCCUUCGAGUACAACGCCUCGCACUACAACUACCAGUACAACGCCUAGCACUACAAGUACCAGUAGUGAGAAAACUACAGAAGAUACAAGUACAACGUCGUCUUUGACGACAUCAGGUACAACUGAACUUACAUCUCCAGAAACUUCAUCGACAGAGACACAAAGUACCCAGACACAUUCCACUCGAAGCCCUACAACUGCCACUACUCAGGAAACUACAGAGCCUUCGAGUACAACGCCUCGCACUACAACUACCAGUACAACGCCUAGCACUACAAGUACCAGUAGUGAGAAAACUACAGAAGAUACAAGUACAACGUCGUCUUUGACGACAUCAGGUACAACUGAACUUACAUCUCCAGAAACUUCAUCGACAGAGACACAAAGUACCCAGACACAUUCCACUCGAAGCCCUACAACUGCCACUACUCAGGAAACUACAGAGCCUUCGAGUACAACGCCUCGCACUACAACUACCAGUACAACGCCUAGCACUACAAGUACCAGUAGUGAGAAAACUACAGAAGAUACAAGUACAACGUCGUCUUGGACGACAUCAGGUACAACUGAACUUACAUCUCCAGAAACUUCAUCGACAGAGACACAAAGUACCCAGACACAUUCAACUCGAAGCCCUACAACUGCCACUACUCAGGAAACUACAGAGCCUUCGAGUACAACGCCUCGCACUACAACUACCAGUACAACGCCUAGCACUACAAGUACCAGUAGUGAGAAAACUACAGAAGAUACAAGUACAACGUCGUCUUUGACGACAUCAGGUACAACUGAACUUACAUCUCCAGAAACUUCAUCGACAGAGACACAAAGUACCCAGACACAUUCCACUCGAAGCCCUACAACUGCCACUACUCAGGAAACUACAGAGCCUUCGAGUACAACGCCUCGCACUACAACUACCAGUACAACGCCUAGCACUACAAGUACCAGUAGUGAGAAAACUACAGAAGAUACAAGUACAACGUCGUCUUUGACGACAUCAGGUACAACUGAACGUACAUCUCCAGAAACUUCAUCGACAGAGACACAAAGUACCCAGACACAUUCCACUCGAAGCCCUACAACUGCCACUACUCAGGAAACUACAGAGCCUUCGAGUACAACGCCUCGCACUACAACUACCAGUACAACGCCUAGCACUACAAUUACCAGUAGUGAGAAAACUACAGAAGAUACAAGUACAACGUCGUCUUUGACGACAUCAGGUACAACUGAACUUACAUCUCCAGAAACUUCAUCGACAGAGACACAAAGUACCCAGACACAUUCCAGUCGAAGCCCUACAACUGCCACUACUCAGGAAACUACAGAGCCUUCGAGUACAACGCCUCGCACUACAACUACCAGUACAACGCCUAGCACUACAAGUACCAGUAGUGAGAAAACUACAGAAGAUACAAGUACAACGUCGUCUUUGACGACAUCAGGUACAACUGAACUUACAUCUCCAGAAACUUCAUCGACAGAGACACAAAGUACCCAGACACAUUCCACUCGAAGCCCUACAACUGCCACUACUCAGGAAACUACAGAGCCUUCGAGUACAACGCCUCGCACUACAACUACCAGUACAACGCCUAGCACUACAAGUACCAGUAGUGAGAAAACUACAGAAGAUACAAGUACAACGUCGUCUUUGACGACAUCAGGUACAACUGAACUUACAUCUCCAGAAACUUCAUCGACAGAGACACAAAGUACCCAGACACAUUCCACUCGAAGCCCUACAUCUGCCACUACUCAGGAAACUACAGAGCCUUCGAGUACAACGCCUCGCACUACAACUACCAGUACAACGCCUAGCACUACAAGUACCAGUAGUGAGAAAACUACAGAAGAUACAAGUACAACGUCGUCUUUGACGACAUCAGGUACAACUGAACUUACAUCUCCAGAAACUUCAUCGACAGAGACACAAAGUACCCAGACACAUUCCACUCGAAGCCCUACAACUGCCACUACUCAGGAAACUACAGAGCCUUCGAGUACAACGCCUCGCACUACAACUACCAGUACAACGCCUAGCACUACAAGUACCAGUAGUGAGAAAACUACAGAAGAUACAAGUACAACGUCGUCUUUGACGACAUCAGGUACAACUGAACUUACAUCUCCAGAAACUUCAUCGACAGAGACACAAAGUACCCAGACACAUUCCACUCGAAGCCCUACAACUGCCACUACUCAGGAAACUACAGAGCCUUCGAGUACAACGCCUCGCACUACAACUACCAGUACAACGCCUAGCACUACAAGUACCAGUAGUGAGAAAACUACAGAAGAUACAAGUACAACGUCGUCUUUGACGACAUCAGGUACAACUGAACUUACAUCUCCAGAAACUUCAUCGACAGAGACACAAAGUACCCAGACACAUUCCACUCGAAGCCCUACAACUGCCACUACUCAGGAAACUACAGAGCCUUCGAGUACAACGCCUCGCACUACAACUACCAGUACAACGCCUAGCACUACAAGUACCAGUAGUGAGAAAACUACAGAAGAUACAAGUACAACGUCGUCUUUGACGACAUCAGGUACAACUGAACUUACAUCUCCAGAAACUUCAUCGACAGAGACACAAAGUACCCAGACACAUUCCACUCGAAGCCCUACAACUGCCACUACUCAGGAAACUACAGAGCCUUCGAGUACAACGCCUCGCACUACAACUACCAGUACAACGCCUAGCACUACAAGUACCAGUAGUGAGAAAACUACAGAAGAUACAAGUACAACGUCGUCUUUGACGACAUCAGGUACAACUGAACGUACAUCUCCAGAAACUUCAUCGACAGAGACACAAAGUACCCAGACACAUUCCACUCGAAGCCCUACAACUGCCACUACUCAGGAAACUACAGAGCCUUCGAGUACAACGCCUCGCACUACAACUACCAGUACAACGCCUAGCACUACAAGUACCAGUAGUGAGAAAACUACAGAAGAUACAAGUACAACGUCGUCUUUGACGACAUCAGGUACAACUGAACUUACAUCUCCAGAAACUUCAUCGACAGAGACACAAAGUACCCAGACACAUUCCACUCGAAGCCCUACAACUGCCACUACUCAGGAAACUACAGAGCCUUCGAGUACAACGCCUCGCACUACAACUACCAGUACAACGCCUAGCACUACAAGUACCAGUAGUGAGAAAACUACAGAAGAUACAAGUACAGCGUCGUCUUUGACGACAUCAGGUACAACUGAACUUACAUCUCCAGAAACUUCAUCGACAGAGACACAAAGUACCCAGACACAUUCCACUCGAAGCCCUACAACUGCCACUACUCAGGAAACUACAGAGCCUUCGAGUACAACGCCUCGCACUACAACUACCAGUACAACGCCUAGCACUACAAGUACCAGUAGUGAGAAAACUACAGAAGAUACAAUUACAACUUCGUCUUUGACGACAUCAGGUACAACUGAACUUACAUCUCCAGAAACUUCAUCUACAGAGACACAAAGUACCCAGACACAUUCCACUCGAAGCCCUACAACUGCCACUACUCAGGAAACUACAGAGCCUUCGAGUACAACGCCUCGCACUACAACUACCAGUACAACGCCUAGCACUACAAGUACCAGUAGUGAGAAAACUACAGAAGAUACAAGUACAACGUCGUCUUUGACGACAUCAGGUACAACUGAACUUACAUCUCCAGAAACUUCAUCGACAGAGACACAAAGUACCCAGACACAUUCCACUCGAAGCCCUACAACUGCCACUACUCAGGAAACUACAGAGCCUUCGAGUACAACGCCUCGCACUACAACUACCAGUACAACGCCUAGCACUACAAGUACCAGUAGUGAGAAAACUACAGAAGAUACAAGUACAACGUCGUCUUUGACGACAUCAGGUACAACUGAACUUACAUCUCCAGAAACUUCAUCGACAGAGACACAAAGUACCCAGACACAUUCCACUCGAAGCCCUACAACUGCCACUACUCAGGAAACUACAGAGCCUUCGAGUACAACGCCUCGCACUACAACUACCAGUAGUGAGAAAACUACAGAAGAUACAAUUACAACGUCGUCUUCGACGCCACAUUCAACGAUUACUACGCCACGUUCCGAGACCACAGAGAUAACGACGCUAUCCACUGAAGUAACUACUCAUAGACUGGUUAAUAUUUCUACAGCAAUUAUUACCUGUACAUCACUAAGCGUACAAGGUGUUUUAAGAAGUCUCCUGUUGGUUGAUACAGAACAUCCUGAAAACCAAAUAUCGUUUGAUGAUUGUAUUAAGGGUACUCAGUCGGGAAAUAAAACUUAUAUUCUUCCAAUAACUCAAGAAUUCAAUGUAGCAAAUAUUACUGACAAAGAAAAGGAUUAUGUUGAAGCAUUUUUUGAAGAGAAGAACAAUAUAUACAAUUUGUUGUUUGCUGAUGCUGAAAGUUUAUUAAAUAAUAAUUUGUAA